AUGUUCUACUACAAUAUCUUCAGCACGAAAAAGUCCUUCAUAAUCAGCGUCAUUGUGGUUAUGAUCAUCGUCUGGCUGUGGGCUAUUAGCGUCGUCCUUGAAACGCUCCUUCUCUGUCGACCGCUGGCGUACAAUUGGGACACCUCGACCGACGGAGAAUGCGGCGAACGGAAUGCAACCUUCGUCGUGGCCGGAACGCUGAACCUGGUGACCAAUUUAAUGGUGAUGGUGCUUCCCCUCCCGCACAUCUGGAAGCUAAAGCUCAAUCUGGCCAAGAAGCUGGCUCUGACAGCUGUCUUUUGCAUGGGGCUGCUCGUGUCCGUCAUCAGUAUUGUGCGCCUGAUGGCAUUGAUGGCUAUCGACUUCAACGACAUCACUUAUACGCUGCCAAUGGGCGUGCUCUGGACAGUGCUGGAGCCCCAGCUUGCCAUCGUCUGUGCCAACAUGCCAGUUCUCAAGCCGAUCCUGUCCCGGAUGUUCCCUAGGUUGUUCGGCUCCACAAACCAAAAGAGCUAUGGAGUGUCGGAUCCCCAGGCGUUCGAGCGGCUGGAUGAACGAGGCUAUUCACUUGGUAAAGUGAGCCGCAAUCCAUUAGAUACACACGUUUCGGGCGGAGAAAGACAGCCGGCAAUGCCAUUUUCGAACACUUUUACGUACUUGCCGAGUCACCUCAACAAUGAACAGAGAGCUGUUGGAUGCGCUUGGGAUGAUAAGCUUACUGAGUAUGCGGUUCAGCUUUUCAGUCCUGUUGUAUCCCACCGUCAAGCAGAGGCACCAGAGCCCCGACGGGUUAUUUUCGGCCGCCAGCAACGAUGA